AUGUCAUUGUUUAAUUACUUUCAAGAUUCCAUCCGACUACCAGGACUAACGAAUGCCAUGUGGACAGAUGAUCUGAAGCAUAAUCUAGAGACCUAUCUUUCCUGUAAUGAAUCGAAGCUUUUGAUCAUGUACAUUGAUCGAGAUACCUCUUCUCUACAACUUCUUCAUGCCAUUCCACUAGCGAUAACCUUGAAUCAUUCCUCUCUUGAUUUGUGUUAUUUUAUUCGUCGGAAUAAUUCGCCGGACUUGAUUACCACCAUCGAAGAUUUUCUAAAAUACAUCCAAUAUGGAUAUAUCAUCGGACGAUCGAUUGAAUGUUUAACAGCACUUGUAUCCACGCUUUUCGAACCAUUGUUCAUGAACAACAUAGCCGUACAAGAUAUGGUCAAAAACGACUUUAUCUGCGAAUCAAAUCACUUUCUAGCCACAUUUUACGAAAAGCAAUAUCACGAUACGUCGUCGAUGACAUAUCUAUACAUUCCCAAAGAUGGCUUAGAUAGACCUGUUGAAGUGCUUGUAAAAGAUAGAAUGUUAGUAACACGAUUCGAAGCUGUUAUGCUAAAAUGGCAUCAUCAAUUGAAAAAUAUUUUACUUAUACAAAAUCGUUUGAUGAGCGUUGAAGAUCAGUCAACGGGCAUCAAUGAAGAAAUUCAUUUUUGGCAAAACUGUCUUCUUAAUCUUCAUAAUAUUCGUCGACAAAUCCAACGAAGUGAAUUACAGACUAUAAUUCAGGUGUUGACUCUCUCGAAAUCUCCGUACAUUGAACAAUUUUUACAAGCAGAAAACGAGAUUCAAAUUUUCACUGGAUAUGUCGAAGAUUGUUUGAAAUUUCUCAAGCUUCUUGCUGAACCUUCGCUCCAAUUGAACGAUAUUCCUUAUGAACAACUCGCUACUCUCAUAACUGAGAUUUUCUAUCGAAUCCUAAUCGUCUGGCAUCAUUCGAUAUUUUUCUCGAUAUCCACAAGAAUUAAAUUAGUGAUAAAUAAAAUUAACAAUCAAAUCAUCGCCCGAUGUUCUCGUUUACUGAGUAUACAACGCUUAUUUCAAAACUAUGUUUUAUCAACUCAAAACCGUCUCGAAGAAUGUUUUCAGACUAUCAACAUAUAUAUUGAAACAUCUUUACAUGUUUUAAACAUGCACGAUAAACAUUCCGCUAAACCAUUGAUGGUCAACAACUUCGAAAAAGAUGAUCUUUUUCACUCUGUGCACUUGUAUCAACAACGUUUAGCUGAAAUCAAUGAAAUUUGUGAAUGCAUGAAACUUUUUGGAUCGUAUCGAGAUGGAAGCAAAGACCCUUUGCCUAUUUUCGGUGGGAUUCAGGGUAAUGAAUUUCAACAUAUCCUUGAACAAAGUCAACAAAAUUUCGACCGAGUAUUGCAUUUGUUAUGGCGAAAAUCUAUGCACAUACUUGAUAUUUCCACGAAUUCAUCUUCGAUAUGGUCAGAGGAAUUGAAACGCUUUUUAAAAUCGGUACGUGAAAUCGAAUUAGCUAUUGUUAAAUUAAUCAACGAAGCGAUGAAAAAGACAAUUACGGUCGAACAAACAAUGGACAUUCUCGAAAUAUUUUUCGAUUUUCAAUCGCGACCCACUAUCAAUCAUGUUCUUCUCGAAAAAACUCGACAUGUUUAUCGUUUAUUUCUCUCUCAAAUCGAAGAUGUUCGCACACAGAUCGCUUCGCAUCAGACAUUUGAUGAAUCAAAAGCGACGUUCAAUCAAUUCGAUCGAUUCCUUCCCUAUUACUCCGCACGAGCUAUGUGGAUUCGCGAUCGAAUUGAGUGGGUUACCAGAACUUAUAAUCUUUUGCAACAAGCAGCCAACUUGCCGUAUCUUGUCCAACAAAAUGAAGUGAAAUUCGCCUAUGAGAAGUUCGUCGUCUUUGCUGAGAGUAGCACGAAGCGAAUUUACCAAGAAUGGUGGAGUAUGGCGAACGAAUUACAGCCGAAGAAAUUGUUACAAAAGCCGUUUUUGAAGGAAAAUCAGGAAAGGAAAUAUUUCAUUGAUGUUUUCUUCGAUCCGCAAAUCAUUUUCGCUUUGAACGAAAGUUUAUGGUGGAUUCGAUUACAUUAUGAAAUACCGUAUUCAUUAACCGAUGUUUACAAUAUCAGAAAAUCAUUUCGACAAAUGACAGAAGAAACCUACGAAUUCAUUCGUAAAUUCAACAAGAUACUCAGUUCUCUUCGUGGACAAGAGUCUUGUCUAUUUGAAGAACAUAUUCGAUCGGUUUUGAAAAAACUUCAACCGGCUUUGCUUGGCAAAGUCAAUUACAUUGAUGAAAACGCGUUUCAUUCUUUUUCUCUCGAAGCGAAUCGCAUUAUUAAUCAAUUAACUGAUCUAGUCACAGCAUUUAAGGAAAAUUACAUCAAAUGUUGCACUAAAUGUGUGAAUAUCAGUUCACAAUUGUUUGUCCAAAUUGAUACUGGCGUUAUUUUCAGUUAUUCAACAUUUACUGAUCUCUUAAGAUCUGUGAAUGAUAAGAGUCUAUCAGCAGUACAUGAAAUGUACGACGAAAUGACAGUUGGAAUACGUGAACAACAAAUGUUAUUCAAAGAUAAAUCAGAAAAAAUUCAGCAGUGUUGGGAUCAUUGGUUAAGUUCAAUCGAUUGUAUGUUGGAAAAAGCCUUGUUACUCAAUGUUACCAAUUCGCUCGAACAAUUAUCGUAUAUAAUCAAUGGUGAUGUGGAAAUUGUCUCAACUCCAUUUAUGAAUAUUGAACUUUGCUUGAAUCGUACAGAAACUUUGGCUGGAAAUAUCAGAUAUACCUUAAACUUUCGUCCAACACUCGAAGAAUUGCAGACUACGUUGAAUUCCGUUGGUAAAAUUCAAUUGAAUCGAUCGGUUCAAAGUUUUACACGUCUGUGCGAUUUGUUUGCCUGCGAGUCAUUUCAACGAGAAUCUUACUUUCUUGUGAUUGAUAAUCAUUCAAACAAACAAAAACUGCAGAGUAAAAUCACUUCCGGAGUUACAAAUUGUAUUGCCGAUAUCGACAAAUAUAUUGAAACAAAUUGGUUUCGUUUUCGGCAACUAUGGGAAGUUGAUCAAGACAGCUUCAUUGCUAUGUAUCAAUCGGAAAAUACUGAUUUGCAAGCUUUGGAAGCAGAUAUCGCUCGAUACACUGAAGUAGCAAAUAAUAUCAAUAAUCAGGAAACAAUUGUCAAUGUCCGAAUGAUACAAAUCGAUUGUACUUCAUUUAAAGUUUCUUUAGUACAAAUCUGUCAUCAUUGGCAACAGAGUUUGAUACGUAUUGUAUUAGUUCGAUUCGAAAACGAUCUGCAAAGUACGUUAACUUUGAUUAAAAACAAUACAGAGAGAAUACAUAUAGUUCCUAAAACGUAUGCUGAAAUACCUGCUUAUCAACAAUUUAUCGAUGAACUUAAAGUGAAUGUACCAGAGAUUGAAAAGAAGUUACCAUUGAUUAACGAACAAAUGGCGUUAUUAGUUCGAUAUGAAAUCGAAAUCGAUUCGAAGCUUUUGGAACAACAUCGCUCGCUGUUGCGCGCUUGGGAAGCUUAUAAAAUUGUGCUUGAUGAAUCGAUCACAUCAUUCAAACGAGUUAAAGAAGCUUUUAAAGUCCAAUUACAAAAAGAACACGAUAAGAGUCAGAAUGAGAUUUUUGAACUGCUUAAAGUGUUUCAACUGGUCGGUCCACAUCGAGCAGAUAUGUCAAUAACGAUUGCUUUAGCUGACUGCGACAAGAUCGAAGAGCAAAUCGAUGAAAUCGAAAAUGAAGAGAAAAGAUUGAAAACAGCGUAUCGAAUAUUUAAUCUGGAUAUGAUUGUUUCGAAAGAUUUACCAAGCAUCCGGAAAGAUGUAGAGAUUUUAAAAUCAAUUUGGUUAGUAGCGAAAGAGUAUGAUGAAAUGUUAAUCAAAUGGAAAACUACUGAAUUUCGUCAAUUGAAUAUCAAUGAGUUGAAUGACUUUGCUCAGAAUCAGUAUAAAAAAUUGGUGAAAAUGUCACGAGAAUAUAAAGAUAAAUCCUGGGGUAUUCUUACGUCACUUCGUGAUCGAAUCGAUACAUUUCGUCGUAUAUUACCCUUAAUUGAAUCAUUGUAUAAUCCUCAUAUGCGUUCCCGUCAUUGGGAACAGAUCAAACGUGAAACAGAUAAAAAUUUUGAACAGGAAUCGAGUCACUUCACACUCGAACAAAUUCUCAACUUGCAUUUUGAGGAAAACAUCGAAUUAAUCACAGAAAUAUCAGAAAAUGCUACAAAAGAAUACGCUAUUGAACGUAUCAUUGAGAAAUUUAAUCAAACAUGGAGUACAUUAAAAUUUGAAACAACAGCGCACAAACCCAACAUUUUCAAAAUAACAUCACCGGAGGAAAUUAUUCAAUGUAUUGAAGAACACAUCGCUCAAAUUUCCACUGUCAAAAGUACGCGUCAUGUGAAACCAUUUCAGACUGAUAUAGAUUAUUGGGAGACGUCUAUUGCGCAAAUAUCGGAACUAUGUGACGGGCUGUUUGACGUUCAACGCCAGUGGUUAUACAUGGAAGGAAUAUUUACUUCUGAUGAUGUUCAACGGCAGUUACCACGUGAAACUGCGGAUUUUAAACAUGUAAAUAUGAUAUGGCAAGAUGAAAUUAUAAGGAAAAUUCGAGAGAAUCCCAAUGCUUUAUACGUUGCAACGAAAUUUAAUUUCUUCGAUAAGAUACAAAAACUGCUGAAAUAUUUAGAAAAUAUACAGAAGAAAAUGGAGGAUUAUCUAGAAACGAAACGUUCCAUUUUUCCACGUUUUUAUUUCAUAUCGAAUGAAGAAUUAGUAGAAAUUCUCAGUCUCUCUCGUCAACCUGAUCUGAUUCAAGUUCACCUAAAGAAACUCUUUGAUAAUAUCAAAUGUCUACAUUUAUUGGUAAAGAAAACCAUUCUCGCCAAUGGAAUUAUCUCGAAUGAAAACGAAGAAAUCAGUUUGCUAUCAACUCUUUCGCUCGAAGGUAACGUCGAACAAUGGCUGAAAGAUUUGGAGAUCAAAAUGCAAAUAACUGUACGUGAAUAUUUGAAAAAUUGUCUAUCUGCUCUGAAAUUACAAAGCAGCAGACGUGAUAAAUGGGCUAAAAGUUGGCCAAGUCAAUGCUGUGUGACUGCAAGUGAAAUCGAAUGGACAUCUGCGACAACUAAAGCACUAGUCACCUGUCAAUCAGAUGGAAAUUCGAAACCAUUGAAAAAACUCAUUCGCAAACAAAUAAAAAUUCUUGAUCGAUACUCAGCUAUGAUUCGUUUGUCACUGGAGACAAUUCUCCGUCUUCGUGUUAUUGGUAUAAUUACAAAAGAGAUUCAUGGACGCGAUAUUCUCGAACGAUUAAUUCGAACUCAAACUAUGGAUAUUCAAGCAUUUGAAUGGCAAAUGCAGCUGAGAUUCUACUGGGAGAAACACGAACAAAGUGAAGAUUGUAUCAUUCGACAAACAAUUACCAAAUUUCAUUAUAACUACGAAUAUUUGGGUUGUACAAGUCGUCUGGUGAUUUCACCACUGACUGAUCGAUGUUACAUUACUUUAACUACGGCAUUGUAUUUAUUUCGUGGUGGAAGUUCGAGAGGACCAGCUGGAACGGGCAAAACGGAAACCAUAAAAGAUCUGGGAAAGAAUUUUGGGAUGUAUGUUAUCAUACAGAACUGCUCGGAAGCACUCGAUUAUAAGUCUAUGGGGAAAAUGUUCUCCGGCUUUGCUCAAAGUGGCACAUGGGGAUGCUUUGAUGAGUACUAUCAUAUCACUGAAUAUUCAAACAAAAUUUCUGCUUUGUUUGUUCACAGAUUCAAUCGUAUCAACAUUGAAGUAUUAUCUGUUAUUGCUCAACAAAUUCACUCGAUCUUAACAGCUUUGUCACUGAAACAGAAACUAUUUGUCUUCGAAGGAAGAGAAAUUCCGCUCCAGUCACAAGUUGGAAUCUUCAUUACAAUGAAUCCAGGCUACGCUGGUCGAACGGAAUUACCGGAUAAUUUAAAGUCGAUGUUCCGGCCUGUCUCAAUGGUCGUUCCAGAUUCGAUUUAUAUUGCAGAAAAUUUUCUUUUUAGUGAAGGCUUUCAAAAUACUAGAAGUUUAGCCAGAAAAGUGUAUACAUUAUAUCACUUGUGUGCACAACAACUAUCAAAACAAGAUCAUUAUGAUUUUGGUUUACGAUCUCUGACAGCAGUGUUACGCUAUGCUGGUGAAAAGAAACGAGUAAAUCAAAAAAUGGCCGAUGACGAAGUUUUUCUUUUAUCAAUGCUCGAUAUGAACGUACCGAAGAUGACUGCCGAAGAUUUGCCACUCUUUCGAAACAUUGUCAAUGACUUAUUUCCAAGCAUAAACAUACCACAAAUAGAUUACUCAAAACUAAUCGAAACUAUCGAACAAGAAAUGACAAGAAACCAUCUACAAAUAUCGACAGCUAACAUUGAAAAAGUGAUUCAACUGUAUGAAACGCAUCAUUCGCGCCAUUCCGUAGUUCUCGUGGGCAAAACCCUGUCAGGAAAAACAACAACAUGGAAACUGUUCAAACAUGCAUUGACAGCAUUGAACAAACAGGGACAUACUGAAUUCAACAGAGUGAUUGAGUAUCCGAUAAAUCCAAAAGCGAUUGAUCUAGGUGAACUCUAUGGGCAGUUCAAUCUUGCUACUAAUGAGUGGAAGGAUGGAAUUCUGAGUAGUAUCAUGCGACAAGUUUGUAAUGACGAGAAAUCGGAUCGAAAAUUGAUUCUAUUCGAUGCGCCAAUUGAUACAUCAUGGAUUGAAUCAAUGAACUCAUUGAUGGAUGAUAAUAAACUCUUAACAUUAGCAAAUGGAGAACGGAUACCUUUGUCGGUACAUGUAACACUGCUAUUCGAAACCGAAGACUUGUUCACAGCUUCACCAGCGACUGUUUCUCGCGUCGGUAUUGUAUAUUGUGAUUACACUAAGUUAGGAUGGAGACCUUAUGUUGAGUCGUGGAUAAAGCAGAAAACAACGGACUUGCAAACUGAACUGUCCAAUUGCGUCAUAAAAUAUUUCGAGCCAGUUUUAAAAUAUAAGUCGAUCAAUUGCAAAGAACUAGUAGUUAUUCAUGAACUGAACGGAAUUAUCUCAUUAACCAAAUUAUUUGACUCAUUUUGGUAUGAGAAUGAUAUACAAUUACAAAUGAGCGAGAAUGAAAUGACCACAGGACGGUUGAUCGAAAUGUGGUUUGUCUUCUGUUUGAUUUGGUCGGUGGGAGCGAGUGUUGAUGAUGAAGGAAGAAAGAAAAUCGAUAUUAUUUUUCGCGAAACCGAAGGUACCUUUCCGAAUAAGGAUACAGUAUUUGAGUUUUAUAUUGACAUACACAAUCGAACGUGGUUACACUGGGAAGAACAAUUGAAAGAAGAAUGGAUAUAUGAUGCCGAAAUGCCAUUUUAUAAAAUGAUUGUGCCGACAAUUGACACUGUCCGUUAUGAAUAUUUAAUACGUCGACUACUACUUAACAAACACCAAGUUCUGUUGGUCGGAACUGUCGGAACGGGAAAAACAACAAUAGCAGAGAGUGUUCUGAGAAAAUUAGAUACAGAUGUAUUCAAUAGGCUUACUGUUCAUAUGUCAGCUCGGACAACAUCAAGAAUGCUACAAGAUAUUUUAGAAUCAAAUUUGGAAAAACGAGCGAAAAAUCUUUUUGUACCAAUCAAUGGAAGGAAGAUAAUCACAUUUAUUGACGACAUGAAUAUGCCGCUAAAGGAUAUGUAUGGAUUCCAACCGGCACUCGAAUUAAUUCGAACAUGGAUCGAUUAUGAAUUUUGGUACGAUCGAAAAACGCAAGGAACGAAAUUCGUUAAAGAUAUGUAUCUACUUACUGCUAUGGGUCCACCAGGCGGUGGUCGCCAUCAAAUCUCUCGUCGAUUACAAAGUCGAUUUAAUCUAAUCAACAUGGCAUUUCCAUUCGAACAUGAAAUCUGUCGAAUCUUUGGUACAAUGAUGAGUCAAAAAUUACGUGAUUUUGAUGAUGAUAUCAAACACCUCGACCAGACUCUGACAAAAGCAACCGUUGAUCUAUACCGAACAAUCGAAAUGAAAUAUUUACCCACGCCAGCAAAAAUUCAUUACACGUUCAAUAUGCGCGAUAUAUCACGAAUGUUCGAAGGUCUUCUCUUGUGCCACAAAACUGUCAUAACUAAUAAAAUAGAUUUACUACGAUUGUGGAUACAUGAAGCACAUCGAGUAUUUUCUGAUCGAUUCAUUACGAUCGAUGAUCACGAGUUGUUUGUAAAAAUUCUAAACGAAAAACUUGCUUUAUAUUUCGAUCAAGUUUAUCACAAUGUUUGCUACAAUCGAGAAGCUCCAAUCUAUUCUGAUAUUAUUAGAACUGAUGGAAUAUAUGAGGGAAUUCGUGAUUAUGAAAAGUUAAAAUUGUUUCUUGAACAAACGCUACAACAGUAUAAUAAAACGCCAUUAAUGUUACCCAUGGAUUUAGUUAUGUUUCGCGAUGCAGUACUUCAUGUUUGUCGAAUUGUUCGUGUCCUUCGACAACCACGUGGCAAUUUACUACUACUAGGUGUGGGUGGAAGUGGACGACAAUCCUUAGUGCAUCUAGCAGCGUUUAUCUGUGAUAUUAUUUUGUUUCAAAUUAGAAUUGGCCGACGAUAUGGCCAUGCUGAAUUCAAAGAAGACUUACGUCGUUUAGUAAAACUAUGCGGUGUGUCCAAUCGUGAAGUUGUUUUCCUAUUCAUCGAUACUCAGAUUAUUGAUACAUUCUUUCUCGAAGAUCUGAACGCUUUGUUACACACUGGUGAAGUGCCCAAUCUCUUUCGUAAUGAAGAUAUUCAAGAGAUUCGAAACCAACUUUCAUCAACACUCAAUCGACAAGGUAUACAAGAGACUAAUUCAAACAUCAUGCAUUUCUUCCACAAUCGAGUUAAAGCUAAUUUACAUCUGGCUAUUUGUAUGAGUCCAUUUGGCGAAACAUUCAGAAAUUACAUUCGCAUGUAUCCAGCAUUGAUUGGUUGCACAACAAUAAUUUACUUCUCGGAAUGGCCACAUGAAGCUUUGCUCAACGUUGCUCACCAUUUUCUAGUUAAAUUCGAUUUUACACCGUCAAACAACGACAAUCUGAUUCACUCGUUGGCCAAUCUCUGUGCUUUUAUUCAUCUUUCGUCAAAAAGCUUAGCAAAUCGAAUGAAAGAUGAACUCCGCCGUGAGAUUUAUAUCACGCCGACAAACUACCUUCAAUUUGUCAGUAAUUAUGGCCGUUUAUAUGAAUCUGAAAAAGCGAAAAUUCAACGUGAACAUACUCGUCUUCGAAUGGGUAUUGUUAAAGUGGCUGAAACCCGAGAAAAAGUUGCGGAGAUUUCAUUGGAGUUGGAGAAGAAGAAGGUAUUGGUUGCGCAAUUACAACGAGAAUGUGAAGAGUUUCUAGGCAAAAUUGUCGAACAAAAAAAUAGUGCAAGUGAACGAGAACGGCAAGUUCAAGCAUUUGGAGCGCGUAUUGCUGACGAAGAGAUUCGUUGUCAAUCAAUCGCUGCCGCUGCACAUGAAGAAUUAACAGAAGCUGAACCAUUACUGAUCAGAGCAAAUGAAGCUUUAGAACAAUUAACUAAACGUGACAUUGGCGAAGUUAAAGCUUAUAUCCAUCCUCCGAGCCAAGUCGAGAAAGUGAUGAAGGCAUUGAUGAUUUUGAAGAACAAAGAAGACACAUGGGAAGAAGCGAAGAAAGACUUAGCUAAUGUUGAUUUUAUCAAAACAUUGAUUAAAUUCCCAAAAGAUGAGAUCACUGAUCGAACACUUCGUCGUAUGCAACCAUUCAUCAAUGACAGUGAAUUGAUACCUGAAAAGUUGAAAGGUGUGUCAAGUGCUGCGAGUGCUCUGUGUACUUGGAUUCGUGCCGUUGAAUCGUACGCACGUGUUUAUCGCAUUGUUCAACCGAAGAAAGAACGUUAUCAAAAAGCACUAUUGGAAUUGAAUGAGAAGCAGAGUUUGUUACAACAAUCAAAAAAUGAAUUGUUGACUAUUCAAAAUCGAAUUGAAACUUUACGACUUGAUUAUGAAUUGAAAAUGAAAGAAAAAGAUCAGUUGCAGAGAAAUGCCGAAGAAACAGCGAUGUUUCUCGAUCGGGCAACGAAAUUAUUGGAUGGUGUUGCUGAAAAACGAACCAUUUGGGACACGACAUCGACGCAUCUGAGCGAAAAUCUAGAUAAUCUUCUAGGAGAUUCUCUUCUUGCUUGCGCGUUUCUAUCUUACUUGGGCUCGUUUGUAUCGAAUUACCGAGAUGAUAUUGUACAUCAAAUUUGGAAAAAAGAAUUGAUUCGUAGUGGAAUUCGUUUUACACCUGAUUUUAAUCUUAUCAAAUUCAUGACAACACCAACGAUCAUCCGUGAAUGGAAUAUUCAAGGCUUACCACGUGAUAAUUUCUCCACAGAAAAUGCGAUUUUAGCAACACGAACUCUAUCUUCUCCACUAUUUAUCGAUCCACAAAGUCAAGCGACCAAAUGGAUAAAACACAUGGAGAAAUCACGUGGUCUAAAAGUAAUCGACUUACAAAUGCGUGAUUACAUGAAAACCAUCGAAGAGUGUAUUAAAAUGGGUCGACCAUGUCUAUGUCAAAAUCUUCAUGAAGAUCUGCCACAAACAUUGAAUCUCAUUCUAACAAAAUCAAUUAAAACAAGUUCCGAUGAUUCGUCACAUUUGGUUCUUCAAAUAGGCGAUCGAGAAAUUGAUUAUAAUCCAUCAUUUCGCUUCUAUCUUUCAACGCGUUUAUCAAAUCCACGAUACAAACCAGAAUUAUUUUCGAAAGUCAAUUUGAUCAAUUUCGCAUUGAAAGAACAAGGCUUAGAAGAACAACUGCUUGGUAUUGUCGUGCGAAAAGAAAAGCCCGAGUUGGAAAAUGCGAAAGAUAAUUGUAUUGUAACUAUUUCCAACAAACACAAAGAAAAAGAAAUGCUAGAAGAAGAAUUUCUUCGUCUGCUCUCAGAAACACAAGGAAGUUUAUUAGAAAACAUUCAAGUCUUCCAAGCACUAGAUUUAUCAAAACAAUCUCAGAAGGAUAUCGAUGAGACAUUGAAAAUCAACGAAGAUUUGGAAUUGAAAAUCGAUCAAACUCGAGAUAGUUAUCGAUUGGUCGCUCAACGUGCUGCCAUUCUAUUCUUUGCUUUACAAGAUCUAACUGCCAUUGAUUCGAUGUACCAGUUCUCGCUCGAUGCUUACAUUCAAUUGUUUCUUUUCUCCAUCGAUAAAAGCACGCGAUCGUUGAAAUUAAACGAACGAUUGGAUAAAUUGAAUGAUUACCAUACAUACGCAGUUUAUAAAUAUGGAUGCCGAAGUCUCUUCGAACGACAUAAACUUAUGUUUUCGUUUCAUACUUGUACGAAAAUUAUGGAUGCUGAUAAUCGAUUGAAUCAGGAUGAGUAUCAGUUUUUCAUUCGAGUGAAUACUUUAACUAUCGAUCGAGAAACGCAGUUUCCAAAUCCGUUUCCAACAUGGUUAAACGAUACUCGAUGGGAUCAAAUGAGUGAAUUGAUUCGUUUACCCGACUAUCGAUUCCUACGCGAUUCGUUCGAUCAGUAUCCUAAAGAUUGGAAAGAAUGGUAUAUGUCCGAAGAGGCAGAAAAAACAUCACUGCCAGGUACAAUCGAUUCAUUGAUUACGGAAUUCGGUCGAAUAUUGAUUGUUCGAUGUUUACGCCCCGAUCGAAUUGCCCAUUGUGUGUUGAAUUUUGUAAUACAUAACAUCGGCUCGAAAUAUGUCGAACCACCGAUUCUUCAGUUGAAUACAAUUCUCGAAGAUUCGGAUAAACGCUCGCCGAUUAUAUUUAUUCUCUCGUCAGGUGUCGAUCCAGCUGCGAAAUUACAACAACUAGCCGAGGAUAAAAUGAUGGCACGUUCUCGAUAUUUCACACUCUCACUGGGACAAGGACAAGCAAAUACAGCGAGAAAACUAUUAGAAACUGGUAUGAAGAAAGGUCAUUGGAUAUUUCUAGCGAAUUGCCAUCUCUCGAUAAGCUGGUUACCGGAAUUAGAAAAGAUUGUUGAACAAUUACAAACUGCAGCUGUUCACAAUGACUUUCGUUUAUGGUUAAGUUCAUCACCAAUCGCUGAUUUCCCCAUAUCUAUUCUUCAAAUCAGCUUGAAGAUUACCAAUGAACCACAAAAGGGUAUAAAAGCGAACAUGAAACGUUUGUAUGAACUGAUCCCUUCAGAGCAAACUCAACGAGUGAAACAUGCUGAAAAAUAUCGUAAACUAACAUUUGCACUAGCAUUCUUUCAUUCGAUUAUUAUCGAACGAAAAAAAUUCUUACAGUUCGGAUGGAAUACUGAUUAUACAUUCAAUGAUUCCGAUUUUCAAAUAUCCGAAAAUCUUCUAGCAGUUUACUUAGACAUGUAUGAAAAAACACCAUUCGAUGCACUGAAGUAUCUCAUUGCCAAUGUCAUCUACGGUGGCCAUUGUACCGACGAAUGGGACAUGCGAUUGUUACAAACGUACAUCAAUUCGUAUAUUCGAGAAGAAGUUCUCGACGUUAUGUAUCAUAAAUUAUCUUCAUUGCCAUAUUAUUAUAUGCCACGCGAUGGUGCAUUCAAAUCAUACAAAGACUUCGUUAGUUCGAUGCCAGCGACUGACCAUCCGGAAGCUUUUGGGCAACAUUCCAACGCAGAUGUAGCGUCGCAAGUACAAGAAUCGAAGAUGCUAUUUGAAAACUUACUGAUGAUUUUGCCGCAAAAGUCAUCGGCUAUUGCAGAGAAAGAAAUUGAAAACGAAGUAGUGAAAAUCACUCGUGAAAUGAUUAAAUCAAUGCCACAUCUGAUUGACAUAGAAGCCGUCAAAAAAUAUAUGUCUAUCGACGUAUCACCUCUAUCAGUAGUACUUUGCCAAGAAGCCGAAAGAUAUAACGCAUUACUUUCUAGUAUCACGAAUGCUUUGAAUGAUUUACUGAGUAGUAUUGAGGGCUUCGUUAUUAUGUCAAUUGAGCUUGAAGAACUUUUCAAAUGUAUUUACGAAGGACGACUUCCAUACGUCUGGCAACGAACUUAUGUUUCCUUAAAAUCUCUUCCGGCUUGGUUUCAAGAUUUACGUCAACGUUUAAAUUUUUUUAAUUCAUGGGUAGAAAAUCAACGGCAGCCAACUGUAUACUGGAUAUCGGCAUUCUCCUAUCCAACUUCGUUUCUUACCGCUGUACUACAACGAGCAGCACGAAAAGAUCAAAUUGCUGUCGAUCAACUUUCAUGGGAAUUCGAAGUGAAUAAAAUCGAAGAUAAAUAUCUGUCCGAUACAGACAAUGGAAUCUAUGUCACAGGUUUAUAUCUCGAAGGUGCUGGUUGGGAUCGUCAGCAGGGAAUAUUAUGCGAAGCACAUUUGAUGGAGCUUGCUACCGUCAUGCCCACUAUGUAUUUCAAACCUGUAGAACAUAAGAAAAAGUCGAAUCGAGGUGUCUAUGUUGCUCCUUGUUAUUAUUCGUCGAUGCGAAGUAGUUCGUUCAUUGUUGCCGUUGAAUUGAAAACAGGUUCUAUGCCAGCAGAACAUUGGAUCAAACGAGCUACUGCUUUACUUAUGAACCUUGACAAUUGA